CCCCGUCAUGGUCUUAGACUUCUUCUCUGCUCGGGAUGAGCAGAGACCCCGCACAUGGGGUUCGUCAUUGAGAUGGUCGCCAAUGGUCAUUUAUGUGAUUUUAUGGCUCGUCGAUCAAAGUUUUCGGGAACGUAUCGUUCAUAAACCCAAACACUUUCUAUCAUCCGUGGAUAAUGCCAUUGUCGAAGCUCUCAAGCUCUUGAUCGCCUCGCUCGUUUGGUACCGAACAUCGAAAACAACAUACCACCCUAUAGGUUCUCGUCCUAUAGCCCUUGGUAGCGUUGUUUGGGAGUCGAGUCCGGGUGCAGAGCAGCAGGGAUUUCGGGAUAAUGUUGUGGACAGCCCGAUGGAUGACUUCGUACUGAUGGAAGAGCUGCAGAGGUCUCCGAGCCCUGGGAUUUGGCAAGUCGGUACAGCGAGGUCCAUAUUACUCUCUUUCAGCGCAGCGGGUUUGUGGGCUAUUCACUCGUAUAUGCUUGCUGCCUGCCUCCGCCUUUUCGACGCUGUUAUAGUUCACACUGUUUCCGCUCUGUCUAUCAUCCUUGUUCUGGGUGGCACUCAUUUCUUCGGCAUGGGGCCACAAACUAGCUCAAGAUGGCAACUUGCCCUUCUCCAAGUCACUAGCUCGAUAGUCGCCGCCAGCAAUCUUUCUUCCGUCGAACCCGUCCCAUUCUUUUCGUAUUUUGCUCUAUCUGCUCUCGCCCUGUCUGCUGCUCUCUCAGUCAUGCUCGUUGACCUGCUCUACCGUUUGCACGACAUAGAUUCUCUUCCCGUCGUCAAUAUCACAGUAUUCACAUCCGGACUCUGCAUUUAUCUCAGCAUGUCUCUCUCUCGUAUCAUCUUCGCCUCAAACGCCAUGAUAUUAUACCCUUCAAACCUCUUAUUCAACACGACAUUUCGACUGGUCAUUCGAGCAACCCUGGACUACACCGCCCUGUCUAUUAUCCGAAAUUGUGACGCUUUACUUGAACGAGUGUUGGCCUCUGCGUCUUUUGCCCUGUUAGUGCUGAUUACCGCAGUGACGACCCGUACGAUGUCACCCAGCAUCUUCUUCGGCGGCUUGGUAGCACUAUGGGCAGCCUUUCGAUUUACCCGGAAAUCUGUGGACGAUGAUAAUGAAGAAACUGCUAAGCAGGACGACAUGCCCUUGACAUUGACGCGUAAAUCAUUGCUUGGACUGUUAUUAAUGGCACUGUCCGGUUUCAUUGCGCAUGGCGCCGUGCAGGUGUCAUUAUCUGAACCUCACAAUCCUCCAUUCUCCGUCAAGGACUCGUUAUUCGCCUCCGAACAUCCACUCUGCAAACGAAAACCAUUGUCAUUUGGACCCUUACUACUGCCUGAGGAACGGACGUAUCAUGCCUUCGACGACGUGUUGCUAGUGGUAUUUUUCAGUCAUGCACGGUAUGAUGUGAACUUGGACUAUUAUCGUGAGGUGUAUGCCGAGUACUUUCCCAAUAUGGUGUUUAUCGGUCCCGGGAGCAGGGAGGACGCAGGAUUCUACCAUUCGUACGACGUUCUUGUUGACUCGUAUGAAUCGGACGAGGACCUGAGCGAUCCAGACUGGUACAAAAUGGCAGGUCGGAUGGCUCAUCACAUGCUGUAUACGGCUCUCCGAGAAUAUCCUUGCUAUGAUGGAUACCUCUGGGCUCCUUUCGACACGCUCUUGAACGUUCCUCGCCUGCAACAAUUUGACCAGGAUCUGUUCUGGUACCAUUCGCCCUUCGGACAGUACGUGCCAAAUGUGGCUCUGGGAUCCCCAGAGGACAACUGGAAUUCAAGUCGACAUGCGCCACCGGCCAAUAUCUCGCCUGAUCCUGCGCUCAACUUGACCGAAGGUUGGAGAGGUUGGGGUCCUGAUUGGUGGUUGGGCGACCCUCACGUCGGUGUCUCGGAAUGUAUGCCAGCCUUCAACAAAGUCCCUGAAUUUCAAAGGCGCCGACUACAGAUGUUUUUGGACGGAAAGACGAGGUUUAUCGGAGGCUCUGCCGACACGAUGUAUAUUCCCGGGAGGCAUAGAGAGCUGUUCAUGGACACACUAGGUCUUUUCCUGGAGACGCAAUGUUUCUUGGAAAUCGCCACGCCGACCACACUUCAUCUCGUCGUCCCGCCCGACGAGCCGAUCCUAUUUGUAGACCAUUGGUGGAUAUGGGAACCACCGUUGAACGCGACGUUCGUGAGAAAUCAGUGGACAGCUGGUUACGAAGUCGACACGUUCCAUACGUUCCAUUGGGGGGAUAAGGGCGACGACGGCGCAUGGAGAGGGAAUCCGGACCACAUUGAGGACGUGAGGCAGUUGCUCCAAGAGUCCGCUGUGCGGCAGAAAAUAGACUUUCCCGGUCUAGAGUGAGGUCGAGGUGAGGAUGUUGGAUAUUCUAGUUAAUUCACUAAUUAUACCUAGGCUUGCCGCUCAGCGAAAUGAGCGACUAUGGCCUCGGAGCCACGGACAAACACAAAUGCUGUGUUCAUAUCUCAAUACUUACACUCCAUACUUAUUCUAUACUCGGACAGUUGAAGAAAAUGUGAAUGAAGCAGAAGACGUAGCCCCAAUCAUGUUUUUAUAACUCGAUGG